AGGCCUGUGCGACACCGAGCUAUGUUGACAUGUCUGGUUCAAGAAUGUCUGGUUCAAGCUUUCCCUGGCGAGUAUAUAGAUUACUUCUCGAGAAGUCACUCUUGGAAAAUAUGGAUCUGGAAAUGGUGGAAGAGUAUCAUUUGGAAUCUGAGGGGAAAUCGCUAAUUUCUUCCAAAUCCUUGUUAUGCAUUUCGGUAAUAAUUGCCGUUAUUGCAAGCGGAUUCUUUGCCUCUCAUCAGGUAUUAGGAUUUUUGCUAUGUCCUGCACUUUUCAUCGGUUUACUGGAAGCUACCAAACGGUUUUGCUAUUAUAUCGUAUUUUCCUAUGUCUGUAUAUCAUCUGAUUUCGAUUCUGUUUUCCAUCAUAUUGUUGCUUCCAUUCGAUCCCGAGAAAUAGCUUUUUUCGGACUGCGGAAGAAGUUUGACAUGAAUGCGGUGUCGUGCUUACGUUCGCUUCGACUUCAACUGUUGAAAGCGCUUCGUUGUGAAGUUCGGUAUCAUGUGCGUAUGUCGAGAAAUCUGUGCAGGCAUAAUGAUUCGGAGAAGUUAUUGUGUGAGAUGUUCACAUUCGAAAUGUCUCGGUUGGCUUUAGAAGACGAUAUAUGUGAAGAGUUUCUCCAGCUAUCUGCCUUAAAGGAAUUGUGGCAGCUGUUAUUCCUUUUACGGAGUGAAUAUCUUCGGCUUUUUCUAUUGUAUUUGUCGCGUCCUUCGCACAAACUGAUACUUAUAUUUCUGAAUCAGCUUUACGAAACACUGCUUCUAAGAAAGAGCAAGGCCAGGCUUUUAUGUAGUCUUGAAUUUAUCAAUUAUCGAGGAUAUUGUGUGGCAGAGAAGAAAAUACGAAAGUUCUCGCCUUUUCUGUCAACUGCCGAGAAGAUUCUGGCGCAUCUCAGUUUUGCUGCAGAAAUCCUAAGGGGGGAUGAAAUACCAGAGGAGGAAAAAUUUCUAUGUGUUGUUGAAAUAUUGAAAAAGGCGAUUGAACUUUCUUCUCCCGAAACACAUAUAGAACAUGAAGAUACAAAUCAUCCAAGCAUGUUAUCAAACUCUUCAAUAUCGGGAAGUAUUGACGAAAUCGAGUCUGCUGCGGAUGAGCUAUCGGUUGAAAAGAUAUAUGAAGGAUGUCCUACAGUCUCAGAUGACCAACAAGAGGACAUUCUUCUCCCUUCAUGGCAGGAAAGCGGCGUAAGUUUGUGGGUAAUUGAAGUGUAUAUUUCUGGAAGAUAACAUAUGGACGAUACCUGCUACCACUUGGUGAAGAAUGAUAAGCCUCAUUCAUCCUUAAUGAAUCAAAUGAAGCAUUAGCAAGAUCUGUGGUUAUAGAAUUAAAAUCACGUCUUGUUGAGCGAAUGAGGGAAUUGGAUAUAGCUAAAACAACAAUAACUGAUCACGCUCAACGAAUGGCGACAGUUGAAGAUGAAUUUCGAGAAAUACUAACAGUCGAUGGAAACUGUAAUGCUGAGAAGGCUGCUGCUCAAGACAAUUUUAAUAUUUUCAGUUCGAUCCCGGAAAAUAAUGAUAUAUUUCAGUCGCACGUAAAGUUAGAUUUAAAACAAGCCAUCUCAUUUGUAAAAUUAACACCAACUGUUGAUUUUAUAGAUGAUCCUGAAAAUGAGUCAUGAUAUGGAACAGAAAGUUCUUUUUGAUGCAGCGUUUUUGUAAUUUUGGUAUCAUUAUUGAAACCUCGCCUGGCUUUUUUUCACAUUAUUUGUAAUUUGAUAAUUUCGUAAAACUUUGCUCUUAUAUUUCUUCAUGAGAUUGAGAAAUGCUGC